AUGGUGGUUUCUCCGGCGCUGCUCAGAAAUGGCUCAAUCCGAUUGGCUCGUCCCCAAAUUCCGUCACACCGGAAUCAGAGACGCAAUGGUUUUGGACCCAAUUUCUUUAGGAAUUCGACUCUCAAUGGAAGAGUUAGCUAUAACUAUAAGCAUGUGGGUUUGUCUUGCACGGCAUCUGUCGGAAACCCGAGCUUCCACGAGGAGCUGCCCGAAGACCCCUUAUGGUUGAGCCUUGUUAGGGACAUAGUCUGGAGCACGAGAUCCCUCUGGUCCUUUAUGGCUGAGCAACCGAGCCAGCUGAAAUUCAUAGAGUGGCCAAGUUUUACAAGCACGCUAAAGACGGCCACACUGAGUCUCUGUCUUGUAGCUGUCUUCAUUGUUGCGCUCUCAUCGGUGGACUCUGCUCUUUGUUACAUAUUGGCGUUGUUCUUGAGAAAAGCCCCAUGA